AUGACUCUGAUAGUAAGUGAAACUGAAGUAUUAUUACACAUAAUUGGCUUAGAACCCUCAACAGAACCCUCCUCUUCCCGGCCGCGAGAGGAAUAGUGCCGAGAAUAAUUGUAUUUUACAUUUUUGUAAUAAAUCAUCAUUGCUACUUCGUCAAAACAUCUGCAUUAAACUUUCUUGUGGGGUACCGUAGUUCGUUUAGUAAUAAAUCGGAUUGGAAGUGCGAAAAAGAGUUUUCAUAGGUGCUAAAACGAAAAGGUCGCUAAGGAAAGGUGUCCCGCAGCUGCAUAGCGCCGUAUCGCGACUUUUCGCCAUUGCUUCUAUAGCGACCACAUGGACAAAAUCCGCUAUAAAUCGGUCAUUCUAUCGCGACUUUUCCACAGAUAGGCGCCGUCACCUCGCUAUGGAAUUGCUACUAGGGUAAUAUGAGACAUGCGGCCAGAAUUUAAUAUUAAGCAUAAUAUACACAAUAUAAAUCCUAGCAACUCAAUGGAUUCGUCACUCUGGCAUUUACUUUAUCCACACAUUUCUGAAUACAUGACCUUCAAAAAAAGCAUAAACUGAUAAUAGCUAUGUUCACACACGUGCGGAAGAAAGACAAAACUUGAAGAUGUCCAUAAUAUUUUCAGAAACCAGAGGAGGAUUUAAGACAUUUCUGUUUGUGACAGUUGGAUUGUAAAUAAUGCUCUUUCGGCACUUUCCUCAGGGAAACAAUUAACCCCCACACUCUACUUUGAAUACCCUUCUGAAUAGCCUUGCAGAAAAUGCCUUAAGGUAAACUUCAAGGUAUAGGCCAGAACUCUUAGUGAGCGUAAAUGCUAAACCUAAAAGCCGAGACAAACGGUCCCUCUGUGCGUUAUUGCUGAAGCAUUGUGAACGAGGAGGUAAUUAUAGCCGAGUUCGUAAUGCAGCAUAUAAAGCUCCUGUCUGUAGGCUACCGAGCAGCGGAACUACUUAUAAGGUAACCGAAAGCGACAUAAGAAAGCAAUCAAAUCAUUUCACCUUAGGCGAUAUGCAGGUAUCCAUGGUAAGUCCAAAUUGACUAACAGCUUUUAAAAUACGCCCCGAUUAUUCUCCUUCAGACCACUGCCGAUGAUUCUUGAAAACCGAGUUCGCGUUGUCAUUUUCAAAUAUUCGAGCGCUUUAUUGACCCCUGGUUGCGGCUUCUAUUGAGCUGUUAUUGUUGGAUCUUCUUUUCUGAAUUCUUGUUACGGUAUGUAAACUUACGAUAAUUGACUUAUUUGCUCUUUGCGGUCCCACCCACAACAUUGCGAGACACAUAUGGCAAGCACAUGAACUUCCGAUCUGUCGUAUAUGUCCUGUUGUCGUUCAUCUAACACUAAAAUCUCUCAAGCCCCCAUGCCUAUGGAAAGAGCUCCAUAUAAUAGUUAUCCGUAAAACCGUUUAUGCAAAUGGAAAAAAAUAAACGAUUUUAUUCAAUAUUCAUAAAGACACGGUAAUGGAAAGUGAAAGUGCAUUUUAGAAAGAAUUUCAGGAUGACUACACAAACACUGUACGGUGUUUAACUUGGAUUCAUAGAACAGGUAGUCCGAUAUGAAAACGGCUGGCAAAUAUCAAAGAGAAACUUCUUCGAGUUUUCUUCAGAAAGAGGAAAUUGAUAUGAUUUGAUUAGUUGUUGAGUAGAAGAAAACUGUCGCUCAUGAGACGGAUGAUAGCCAUGCGGGACAGGGCCAUACAUAAGGUGCGACCAUAUAAGAGUUCGAAGCUUUUCUUGUCGAGGAACAGCUGCGAUGCCGAAAAAGGCUUUUUGCUACUGGUGUGCCCAUAAUAUUAUGGGUAUGACGGUAGACGCAGCCGUCAGGAGAAAUCUGCCGUGAUCGUCAACAGACUGCUUAAGUUCGCGAAUGAGGUAAUAGCAUAAAAAUCGGUAAAAAUCCUCGCUCUUGGGAACGGAGAGAGAUUGCAGUGCACUUAUCAAUCCACUGCAAACAACGGGUUGCGAAGAACGAAUUGAUGGUUUCCACUUGAACAAUAAAGCAUAUUCCGUACGCCAUCAAACUACUCGAUAAUCAUUUCUGAAGUCCAGAACUGCAGCUUUCUGAAAAAACUAGUCUAAAAGAAGGCAUAUUUAGAUACAAAAAAGGGCGUUUAGAAGUAAAGCAAAGAAGCAGCAGAACAAUUAUGAAAGUAUUGGGCGUCGCAAAAGACUGAUAUCUCAGAGUAAGCACGCGGACGUUCGAAAGAUUCGAAUUGAUCGUCAAGGGAGCCGUGAUAGGGGUAGUUGAAAAUACGUUUAGGAAACACUGGCCUUCCCGCAUUUUUUUCAUGGUUGACGGCAGCUGCAUGCACUUAGUUAUAUUUAAAAAAUAUCUUCUAUUUCCUCGUUGGCCGUGUCUCUCGCCCUCCCAACGCCAGUGAGAAUUGUGGCCGUUGUCUUUCAUGGCAUUGCAUGCUGCGGCGACUUAAGCUUUGAGCACCAGUUGGUUGCCGGUGACUUCAAUAUUUCUGAAGUUACUUGUCUUACCCUUCCAGUUCCAGAAGGCUCGAAAAUUUUCUUAAGUCUGCGAAUGUUAAGAUGUGGAGUCAGGUAGUUGCUGUUCCCACAUUCAUUAACAGCACAUCCACGAAAACCUGCGGUAGAUCGCCGUUUGUUUUCAUCACAUCAUGACUUCCUACCUCACCCGCAUCUCACUGUACAUAUAUCUCACCCAACCGCUAUCUUGCAUGCAUUAGUGAGGCCUGCGUCUCGGCUCCUUCUCUAUGUGGCCCCAAAGCUGCAAGUGUGAGCGGAGUCUGAGUCUUCCGUGGCUCGAAUACAGCCGACUGAUACCCCAUCUCAAUUCACGCGGUUAAUCUAGUUGUGUGUGUGUGCGUGUGCGUGCUUGUGUGUGUGUUUGUGUAUAGUGUGGACUAGUGGGCUGAGAGCCAAGCUGAAGCGGCCCCCUCUGCAGCGAUCUGUGUCACUCUCAUGUGUGUGAGGAGAGUAUGUAUACUCCAUGGGCAGUGCCUCUCCGUCGACGACUCCCUCGAACACUUUUUGGUUGCCUAACCUUAAGAGAUGACGGCUCGGACCCAGGAAAACGUAUCGCAUUUCAGGGUCAAAAGCUUUCUAAGCGUCUGCUAUGCCACCACCAGCUAGCCAUGACAAUUGCAGCCUCGUAUUCGCUUGUAGGUCUCAGACACCUAGUACCCUGCCGUUAGGUACCCUUGUGAUCCCGUUAGGUAUAAAAGUUGUGGACAUGGCUGCCAAGUCAUCCUUGUCGCUCUAGUCUCUGAUGGGGUGUUGUUGUUGUUUGCGAAAAAUUCUGAUCCUUCUGUGUGUGGACCAGGGGGACGGCGACACAUUUAGGCGUGGCUCCGGCCCCUGCGCUUUCCCCUCACCUCCGGUCUUCUUGAUUCCGUCUUGACACCGGGUCCAGGUGAAGUUUUAUUGUGUCACAUACCUAUCGACUCUGUAGUAAAGGAGAAGGCUGCAACAGCCAGCUCAAGAACAGGACCGUUAAAAACAGACAUUAAAACCGAAUUCAUUUAAUUAUUAAAAUAAUCUUCACAGUAUAGUGGUGAAAACGAACACCGAGUAUGCGUGGUCGAUCCAAUUUGACCUUGACAGCCGCAAGAAAUUGUUUGAAUAUUUAAAAUCGGCCUUGACAAGCGUCUUUCGGUAAGCCGCCUGGAAGUGGUGCGCGGUCCUGACGCGUUAAAUGUUCCCGGUUUGAUCCACUUUACCUCUAAUUAGUUGCCUUGCAUGUAAAAACGUAAACUUUCGCAACUUGUUUUUAACAAUAUGUUCGUGAUUUAGAGGGACAGAAAUUUCUGUAACGCAUUAACCGUUACAAUUGACCCAAAAGCUUGUCGUUUUGCACGUAUAGAUUUAAUUUCUUAAAUAACAACGCUCUUCAUAUGACUACAGGGCUCCUGCUUGCUCAAAAGCAAAAAAGACUGUUCAAUAUUCUCGACGAUGCACAUUUUGCGACUCUGUCUCGCCCAGGGCAAAUCCUUACGUGUUAGCUUAGAUCUAGAAUACCCAACUCUAGUUGACUCGCUAGUCGUCUCUGCAGACAGAAUCCGCCGAUGGGUUCUUCGCGUUUUGGCGUCAGUUGUGAUGAUGGGCAGUAAGUUUGACUUACUCGCGAAGAGCUAGACAGAGGCCAGUGCAAUGUUACUAGGGCAAUCGCACUUUUUUACUGAGUUUUCCCAAGCAAACGACCUCUCAAUGCCAAGCUAAUUAUUAGGCAUUAAUAUGUACCUCUAAUUCAUAGUAGUGGUUUAAAGUCCUGCUAUUUAACUAACGAAGGAAAACAAAGUGCUAGAUGCCAUAUAGCAUAACCUACGUUCCCAUCUCACAUUGCAAAAACCUUGAAGCCUUGCCAAGACUUUUGACCUAAUGCAUGUCCUUUACGAUCAACCACCCUUGCCAUCUCAAUAAUUUUUGAUAAGUUUGGUUAGCAAAAACAUAUGCCACAUUAAAUUGCCUCAUCAUCACUGACAUCCUAACUACAAAUAUGGUGUCAUAAAUGAAUGUGAUACAUAAAUUUCCGUAUUUCACAUGGAGCCGUCUUGUACAAAAACAUCCUAAUUAUUUUUAUUAAAAUAGACAAAACACAUAAAAUUAAUUAGUCUCUUUGAUUGACACAACUUUCUGUAGCAUAAAUUUCAAAACUUCGCACUUUCUUUCUCCGUCUAAAGAUACAUCGUAUUUUGCGUUUCAUCAUUAUUUUCGUCCCCGAUAUAGCUUCAUUUUCUCCUAGUUAAUUACGCGAUUUGAUAAGACAAAAUGUUGAAUGACAUUUUUAAGACUUCCUGCAACGUGAUUAGCGCUCUGAUUGGAUUACCAUAUGCAAUAUGCGCACACACUUAAUUGUGAACGUUUAACUAUUUAUCAUAACAGAAUAAUAGACAGGGUGUUGCACCACCCGUCUAAAGUGUACAUUUGUCCUGUCAGAGGACAAUUCCUUAAUCAGCUUUGCCAUUCGGCAAACUUACUUUUAUAUAUUUUCCCUAUUGUAUUAGCGUGAAUUUUCUUUGUUCUCUGCCGAAACCAAAGUUAUGAUUUUAAGCCAGUAUGAAAAGCUCGAAAAAUAUUUAUGACAGGGUCUUUUAGUAUUUUGGAAUCUAGAUGGAGUUCUGCUCAAUUACGAUUUCGUUCUCGGUUUCUCUUCUGGAAACUAUUUUCGGUUGACCAGUUCUGAUAAGACAACGCGUUUUGUGUUGUAGAUUUGCUUAAAGCUACACAUAACAGUCGUUUUUAGAUGGCAGCUGCACAAUUACAACCCUCUACGAUUUUCCGAAACGUACAAUUUUUCGUUUUGUGCAGAAAUUUGGGAAUCUGAUUAUGACUAGUAUGUUGCAUUUUCAACACAAAUGCACUGGUUUUACGUGAACUUUAUCUUUUAGUUUGUAGGAAUGCCAAUGAUUCCAGCCGAUUUCACUACUGGAAGUCCAGAGGUAAUUUUUUCAAGUCGAAUCCUACUUUUUAGUUACCCAAUUUUAUUGAGGAACAUUUUUCGUGUGUGCGGUGUACGAAGUUUGUUCCAAAAAUUGAAAGCGGUGCAGAAGAUAGGAAUGCAUUGUCGGAGUCUUGCCGUAUUCAUUAUUUCUGUUCUGUAGGUGCCACUGCGGAUAUAACUUGGAAGCUCACAGUAGCUCCUCUAGAGCUUCAAAUGAAAGCGUCAGAAAAUGGGAUUCAAGUUUUUUGUCUAUAGAAAAGCCCACAAAUGCUUACGGGAUACUCAGAUUCAUGAAAGGGCCUUUGCCUGAUCCUGCAAUUUGUCAUGUAUGUUCUGGAAUUGUAGCGAAGCUCUCAUGAAUAUGACAAUCUUAUUGCAUCAUGUUUUUGAAAAUAAGGCUGCUUAAGCUGUGUAGUAAAUUGAAAAUGGUGCGCGGUGAUACUGAUUGUAGCAUUUUGACGUGAUUCUCAUUUCGCUGAAAAUGCAGAAGCCCGUGCAUGUUUGCAGCACGCUUUUCCACAUUAAAAAUGAUAUCGCCUUAUUACGACAAUUACUGAGUUAACCAAAGCAUAUACUUCUUUUUGAUUGUAAAAUUUUAAGCAUGCCGUUAUGAAGGUCGUUUUCAGAAAAUCAAAUAAGCACGAUCAGGAGGGUACACUGACACUAAAUCGCUGAUUGCUUAAGCAAGAUAUGGUCAUUAAACAGUAGUUCUUCUACAUAAGCAGCAGAAUGUCUGCUAUUUCAUAGAUUUGCAUAAAGCAGGGAUAGCCAUUUAUGUGGGUAAAUUGACUGAAGACAGUGGAAAGGCAACAUGUCUAGAAAAACCUCAUCAUGCUCGCGGCCCAUCUAGGAAAUAUAAUUUUUGUGCUCCUCAUUAUUGGCUAUCUUCUAUUAAAUUUCUAAGAUGAUUUCAAGCCAAAGACAAUCUGGCUUAGUAGGACGUAACUCCAAAUGAUGAAGCUAUGGCGAGGGCAAUUGUAGGUCGUCGUAAGUAUUCAAAAGUUUUACAGCGUGAAUGAAGUUAAUGAUUUUCAGAAUCUGUUUUAUAGAGUUGUUGAGCGUGAGCUCAUGGUAAUAUUGUCGACAUUAUAUGGCUUUACUAUAUCUUUCCGCAUAAAUUCACACCCUGACUCAAUUCUCACUUUACAAAUAUGCCUACAAAUUUUCACAAUCUCAGAAAGGUUCCGUAAGUGACAUUAGAUCUCCAAUUUCCUAGGCCCGACGACAACUGGUUACGUUGCGCCUAUCAUUUUAUGCGAAUAUGCUGAGCAAUUGGAUAAGUAGAGGGUUCCCUUGUAAGACUAUUUGCAGGUACUCUAUUCUCGUUACUUUAACAUAAAAGGUUUACAUACUUCAGAGCUGGCAUCUGCUUUGUAACAUAGAAGUAGUAACCCUUUUCCAAAAAACGUAUUAUCUCCUAAUGUGGAACUGGAAUCUUUGGCAGUCCAGGCUAACUAUUCUGCAACAUCUCAUCUUAGGACAAACGCGUUUGUCUAAAAUUACUGAAUUUUAAACGGACACUUUUUUCUACUCUUUUGUAUUUUAUGUAUCUAUGCAUCUCUUUAAAUUUUAUUGUACCGGCAGUGUUCGAAGUGUGUAUAGGUUGUUUUUUUCCGAUAGCCCAUUGCUUCGGUGUAUGGGAUGUUCCCCGUCUUACAAGUGAUUUCUUUCCAGUACCUACGCCUUUCCGACAAGGAUGAUAUGAACGCCGUCUUAGAACUUUUAACAAAUCAUUGGGACGUACUUCCGAAGACUCAGGACACGGUUUGCUUAUCAUUUCUUGGAAACCCCAGAGAACCGCCCACCCAGCGCCUAGUUGAACUGUUGGAGAUAGUAAGCACCUUCUGAAUAUCGUCACGUUUUAAUAUAUACUGCACUUUUACUGUAAAACCCAGUUUUGCCUUACUGAAUAGAGUUCUUUUAGUUUAAGUGCCAGAAUAUUUUGGGCAUGUCGUAUGGUGGAUGCAGAUUGUAGUCUCGAAGAAAUAAAAUUUGCCUUUUCAUCAAAAAAGCAACUGGAGGCAAGCUUUUGCAGUUACAACUUGUUCUAGUUUAGUUUGCUAGACAAGAUAUCACACAGUUGUUAUAGACUUUUGCUAAGGCCAUUAUUUGUUUAAUAGGAUGAUUCCAAAGUGGCUGCAUGAAAAGACCGCACCAAGGAUGUCCGUGCAGUGUGCCAUGGGCUAGGUUUUUAUGAUUUGAAUUAAAAAUUUUCAGAUCUUUGACCUAUGUUGCCAUCUUGUGCCGUCUCGAAAAUUCAUGAGAAAGUUGACACGAUGGAGUACAAAGCAAGUUCCUAAUUGCAGUAGAUGCUUCGCCAGACGAGUAUAGCCGAAAACCAGUAAAAGUGAGGAAAUCUUCCUUCUUGACAUUUCAGCGUUUGGUGAUUAUUAUCAGAUAUUCAGAGCUAUUUACAGUGUCAUUCACACGAGCAGAUACAAUGGAUGAAAGCGGACGUAGAAUUUUUUUUACCUGAAUGCCAACGUUCACACGUUAUCACGGCGUUGUAGAUAUGAAUGCAGUAUCUCUGGGAUGUGGGCGCUGCACGGCCGGUUGCCAGAUUUUGCGGUACUUUCGUCUAUGAUAUCGGUAUCGCGACCUUCAUGACAAGUUCUGGUUAUUUUCAUAAUAAAAUCUCAACAGCCAUACUAAUCUGCUGUCCUACUGGGUGACAGUUCGCCCAUCGAACUAUUGCUGGCUGAAGAAUCAGCCCCUAGGUAACCCACGUGUUCUUCUAUUCUUGUGAAAGUUCUAAAUCAACCGAACGUGAAGACGUUGCCCCAUCGUUCUUUUUCAUCCGCAUAAUCCGAGCUAACGUCAUUCUCAUAUGUUCUGGAUGCAUUAUCGGAUGCUUGCGUUGGGAAUAUUCCUCUCAGUGUGAUUGACAUAAUAGGCCUGAAAGGAAAGGCGGGAAAAUUGUCAAAAGACUGGUCUCGCUUUUUGCGCCACUCCGGACUUGAGAACCUGGUGUUGGAUGACUGUCUACAGCCCUUGUACGAGAUCGACCCCAAGUAGAGCGAAAAGAUCGAUCACAGUCUCCGCGAUGUCUCAAUCUACAAAGUCUGUUGUCGGAAUAUGAAUUAGUGUGAUUGCGCGUGACAUCUCUUCGCCGUCAUUACAGUCUAAUUAAGUUAUUUUUAUAGCCGUUCGUCCUUCAUAGACCGAAAUCACUUUGGGUUAACAACCUUUUUGUACUUUGUUGCCCUUAAACUCAACUGGAUAAUACAGCAACCUCAAGUAAUGCUGUUUGUUGUGUAUUUGGAUUUCGUAGUUAGAAACCAAAUUUUACACGCUCAUAACCCAUUUGCUUCGAUUACGCUGAGAAUACUGAGAUGGGUUUUUAAAUCGAGUCUUAUGUCUUUCUAUUGAAGUUUCAGUCUUUGAGCUGUCUUCCAUCGGCAAAACGGCAGUUAUUUCACCGUUGGUCAAGAGGGCUUACAAAAUGCUAUGUUAGCAUAUUAUAUUUGACGAUCAGGUCUUCAUGACCGCAGAAAGCUGGCGCAACACUUGCCCUAACUCUUAGCGAACAGCUCUAUAGGGUGUAUAACAAUGUUCUUUUCUUAUGACAACGUUAUUUGGUACUCCCCAUCCACAGACAAUGCGCUUGUUUCUAAAAGAUUUACUCGUUAACAAUUUAUCUGAAUAUGGCCAUUCUUCCUGUCGUAGAUGUUAGGUAUAACAAUUAUGACAUCGCACAGACGAUUUCUAGUGACAGCGGGGUUCGUGUUUCUCCCUAAGUGCCAACAGUUCAUACCAGUUUCUGGUGCUUUCGCACAGACUUCUCUAGUAACUGAUAUGUGUUGUUUUUGGUCCUUCACGACAAUUUUUGACAUAAGUGAGGCCGGCCAUCUUCAACACUGAGACUCUUUUUCCUUUGCUCCUCGGAGCUGAAGGUUCGCAAGGGUUCAUUUAUGCGAGAUAUGUUUUGUUAAAGUUUAUAUUCGUAAAGGAUCUGUUUUUACGUUCGCCGCCCUAUAGGGUCUCAUUGAAACAGUCCGAACCGUGGAUGUGGUGGUAGUCGCAACUGGAGAAGACUGUCCAAUGACGCGGAGGAUCGGAAGAGCAUUGGAAAAGGUUGACGAUCUUCUGAGAAAGGACGGUAAUCCAAGAGUUCGCUUCAUCGGCUUGAUGCCCUGGAGCCUGGUCACGCAAAAGGAAAUACUCACAGUUCAGGUGUGUAUCAGUCAGUGAUUGACACCAUCUCCUACAACCAGACGGUUCAGAUUUCUGACCAAGGCACAUUAGCAGUCGUUUUCGUUCAUUAUUGAGCAAUGUUAAGUGUCACUGGUCGUAAAUUUUAAAACUCUGUUGCUAGCAGUAUGGUACCUUUAAUGGAGAUGAUCGGAUGGCCCUGCUACAUCACAUAUCCAUUCUUUCAUUACUUUAAAACACCGUCCGCUAAAGUGUCAAACAAACCUUGUAGUUUAGACUUAUAAAUACAAAAUUGAUAUGAGUCGGAAUUUUCGGUUAUUGUGACUUUAAAGUGCAAAAGCUGUGCAAAACUUUACUGUGAGCUUAUGCAUGGUAAGUGCUCACUUCCGUGUCUUAAUUCAUAACAUAGUUAUACCUGUUGCCUCGUUUACCGUCCUGACCGCACAGAUACUAGCUAAAAACCAAGACACGUGUUUAGACGAUAUCUUGCCACUGCAUAAGUCAGCUACGAGAGUUUGGUCUUGUCCCUGGGUCCUCCAACGUUCCCGUGUGCUUCCUGGCAGACACUACAAUUUAGAUAUUGUUACUUUUUUCUUUCCUCAGAAAUUAACUACGUCGAAAUUUGUCGUUUCAGUAAAAUAAAUCAUGCAACACCCUUGCAUUACUGACUGCAUUUCAGCAACUUGCGGAUAUUACGCGGUUAUCCCGCCGACAUCGACGGAUUUCAGCACAAAUAGUUAUAUCAACUUCUCAACUGAGCCUAUAAAAAUUUCAUUCCGAGUGACUUGCUCCAAAUUAACGCAUUAAUGUCUGGGCGAUUAAAAAGAUAACAUGCAGUAGAUGUGCUACCGAAUGAAAUGUUGGCCAUAAUUCUGAAAUGCGUCUUCGAAUCAAAAAGAUUAAUUAAGAAGGGCUGUAAUGUUAACUGACGUGCAACAUUAUCCUUAAAUAUUUCAGUAACUUCAGGAUGCCGGCUUUUGAAUAAACUUCUUUUUAGCCGCCUGCGAAAACUUCACAGUUUAAAAAAUGACUACUCAAAUGGUAUGAAUUCUUCACACUGAUUUUCGAUGGCCUGAUAAAUUCAAACAUAUUUCAUAUAAAACACACAUAAAAUUAUUCAUCCUCUUACUCAUUCGGUAGAAACUGACGUCAUUUUUAAACCUUAUACCUGACGGAGGGGUAUAAUCUGGUGUUAAAAAAGUUUCGAAGGCAACGGUAUAUAUAAGGUCCCCGCUUAACUGCUGGUACAGCGUGGGUCGUGUCAUAUGGGGAUUUAUCUUGGCAGACGUUGGCAUGCCGUUUGAGAAAUUACACUGCGGACAACGAUUACUUCCCAAGACCUCAGCCCUUAGCUCGAAAUCCGUUAUUUUCUGAAAUUUACUUUUUAUUUAUUGUUUAAUUACUACUCUCAUUUCAGUUGUCAUACGAUAGCGCAGGAUAAGACUUUCGGCAUAAAUCUAGGCAAUUUCUGUGUUUUUUUUCAUCUUGUCAAGUUACUGUCUAGCUUGCUGCCGCACCCAUAAAACUCCCCUCAUCAUAAAUCUUGUAUGACACGAUUCACAUUUUACUUACGGUUAAGUGGAGCCCUUCUCCAUACCGUUACAGUUUCUAUUUGUGCGAUUUUUUCAGACGGCGAAAUGCCUGUUCAUAAACCUCGUGUCUCUGCGUUAACUAGUGCUGCUAGUAAAGUUUACAAUAUGACACUAAUCCAUUGCUAAUUUUUAUAAACUUCAUAUAGUCUCCUUUUAAUACCGUAGAAAAAUGUAUGGCUUUUGGUACACGGAAAAUAUACAACUUGAGUUUGGAAACUCUGACUACAAGUGUAACAGCAUGUCGGGUUCGAAAUUAUUUCGGAAUCGGAAAACUUUUUUAAAAUCAAGUUAUACCCUUCUUCCAAAGAUUAGGUUUAUAGAAGACGUAAUUUUCUACCAAAUGAGUAAAAGAAUGAAUGUUUUUAUGCGUGUUUUAUAUAAAAUAUAUUUGAAUUUAUGAGGGCAUUUAAAAUCAAUGAGAAGAAUUCAUACUACUUGAGUAGCCAUUUUUUCAGGGCGUUUUUUUGCAGACGGCUUAAAAGAAGUUUGUUUAAAAGCCAACAUCUUGACCAAACUGAAAUAUCUUAGAGUUAUGUUCUACAGUAAUUAAUAUUACAACCCUCUUUAAGUCAUCCUUUCGAGUCGAAAACGCAUUUCAGACUUUCGGUUAACAUUUCAUUAGUUAGCACAUCAACUGUGCUUAUGUCUACUUUUAUUAUAAAUAUGGCCUAUUUAUAUUUUAAUAUUAUUUUAUUGCCAUCUUUUAGGCACUAUGUUGCUGCUUAACUGUUUAUUUUCCUCACUUUAGGGUGGAAAGGUCGACUACGACUCAACGUUUUAUGAGGAUCAUACACUGCAGAUAUCACCAUUUCUAACCCACGUCCUCCUUCUUGAUGAUGGAUUUUGCAAAACGCCAAACGUUUUGAACUGCAACGAAUUCCGUUGGCGGCUGGAAAGCAAAAUUUGCAGUAAAUGUCUUAAGAUUCGAUUGGUUUUCCCUAGAUUUUUCUCACAGUAA